GACUGACAGAGCGUUAGGCCGCAGUGACGGGGAUCAGCGGGCUGCCACCAUCACCACCGUCUGGCAGCAUCCAACACACGCUGAUUGCGCGCCCCCUGCACAUAUUCUGCACAGCACCUUGGGGGUUUCUUACGGCAGCGGGGCAGCGCCCCCCACGUCGAAGUCGCCGUCCGUGCCCAUAACCCGUCGCUCGCCUCCCAGCAGCCUCGCAUCAAUCAGCCCGGGCGGACCUGCAAACCUGAUACGAGCAGGACAAGUACCGCGGUCGAUGCCCCCGCUGGGAUCCCGGUCUUGUUUCCUGCUGCCGCCACCGCCGCGCCCCCUGCCCUGCCCUGGGGCUGUCAGUUAACGCUGCCCAACAAACCUUGCGCUUGCUUUCUUCAGACUUCAGACUUCGAUCUGCUGGUAUCUGGGAUAUCGACAGUCCUUGGACUUCUUCAGCGCUGGUUAUGCACUAGGAUCCUACACCCGUAAUGUCACCACGGAAAAAUGAAAACGGCGACACAUCAUCAUCACUCGACAUCGAUGCGCACUCACACCGGGUCGCACAUAUCGAGACCACCGCGACGGACAUCGUGCCCCUCACCGGCACCAUCCUAGCCGCAGGACAGACCACGGCAUCGGAUUCGCUCUCACCCACGUCCGUCCCGCUGCCACCCCCCAUCCUCUCAUUAUCCUCGACCGCAAGCACCGAUGUCUUCCUUACGGCCACGAGCACACCCACCGCCUCCUCCACCUUCACAUCCGCAGCCGCAGGGCCUACGGAGCAUGCCAGCAGUUCGACAGGGACAGCCCGCAGCAUGAUCAUCCUCAUCGUCGUCGUGGUCGUCAUUGGGACCCUCAUCGUCGCCGGACUCAUAGGCGGCCUGCUCGUGUACCUGCGCAAGCGGCGGCGGCGGCGGGUCGCACCCUCCACGGCGUACCUCCGGAGCGCCGCGGCGGCCGAGUCGGGCGGCGCGAACAUGGGCGCGGGGCCGAGUUGGGGAUAUGGCGCAAUGGCGACGGCGGGCGCUGGGGCUGGGGCGGGAGGGAGCAGUCCGGUGAGCGUGCUGAGCAGACCUGAGUGGGGGACGGCGGGCGCGGCGGAGUCGCCGACGACCCCCGUGUCGACGCUGCAUACGCUCUCGCCGCUGCGGCCGAACUCGCUGGGCAGGCAAGGAGAGAGCCAGAGCUUUGGGAGCAUCCAGGAGAGUGCGCGCGGGGGCGUUGUGAAGGUCGUUUAGACGGGUUAGGACGUGGUUAUAGGGUUCAUGGAGUGCGUCGUUCCAUUGUAAGUUUCGGGGUGUAUACUAUGCGGUGCGUACGGGAGACAAGCCAGGCAC